GCAACUUUAUACUCCAGCAUACUGACUAUAGGACCAAAUCUAAUACAUGAGCUAUCCUCGAAUUAUUUCAAUUUUGUAAGGCAGACACUAGCAAUUUUACUGGCCCACUGAGAGCGCUGAUCGCAAUGCCUCUGAGACCCAGAUAUAAUCCUUCAUGCUCCACGACGGCUUAGUCAACCGUUGAAUGCUACGAAAACAAAGGUCAAGAGGCCGCCCUUUCUCUAAUCUCACUCACUUUCAUCCUCGCCCAUCUCAGUCUCAAUUCUCAUUAGGUUUCCUCUAUAAAUCUUGAUUCAACGCGGACCCCGCGUCUAAUCACAAUCAGCAGAUAUAUGAAUCAGCGAAAAUGAGUGGAACAGAUAAUAAAGUAUCAGACGUUUCCACGCAAACAGUCCCCUCUAAGGGAGGCCCUGAGGAUGCGAAUUCAUGGGCUGAAGAUGCCGAGUAUCUUUUAGUCGACGACAACAAAGUCAACAUGAAAUUGAUGAAGCACCACUUCGAUAAACUCGGUCUCAAAUACAACAUCGCCUGGAACGGCCAAGAAGUCGUCGACAAAUACAAAGCGCACCCCGAGCAAUGCAAAAUGAUCUUGUUGGAUAUUUCCAUGCCUGUCAUGGGCGGCAUGCAAGCUUCACUUCUUAUAAGACAGCAUGAGAGCGAGAACAAUCUUCAGCCUGCUAUCAUCGUUGGACUUGUGGCAGGGGAUAUUGCGACAGAGAAUCGGCGAAUGGUGGAUGAGUUUGGAAUGAACACGACGUUCAAGAAGCCGGUUAGAUUGGAGGGUCUUCGAGAACUUGUCGACAAUUGGCCUGUUUAAGGGAGCGGGGUGCGGGAUAAUUGACUUUAAGACGCCGAUGUCGUGCGAAGGGCGUGAAUCACCAUUAUUAAUUCAUGAUUCAUGGUAGCAAGUUUAUCAACGAUAAGCCUCAGAAUAGUAGCGUCUAUAGAGUUACGGAAUAUCUGGUUCGGCAUGAGCCUCCGAAGAUAGCCGAGGCAUCGCAUUCUGUAAAAAGAAUAAGAGCGAGGUGGUAGGACAGUUAUACCCC